CGCAGCCGCAGCUGCAUCAGCUGUAAACCCUGGGCUCUACAGUCGGGCACCUCAACGAAACCAUCAAUAACGGCUUCUUCUCUUUUCAUCUGAAGAUGGCUAACGAGGGGCUGCGUGAUAAUGAGACCCUGUCGUCACUGAAGAACGAGUCGGAGACCCUCAAAUGCAAGCUGGAAGAGGAGAGAGCCAAGCUGCACGAUGUGGAACUGCAUCAAGUUGCUGAUCGUGUAGACGCUCUUGGUCAGUUUGUGAUGAAGACAAGAAGGACUCUGAAAGGACACGGCAACAAAGUGUUGUGUAUGGAUUGGUGUAAAGACAAGAGAAGGCUUGUGAGUUCUUCCCAGGAUGGAAAAGUGAUUGUAUGGGAUGCUUUCACAACCAACAAGGAACAUGCAGUUACCAUGCCGUGCACCUGGGUGAUGGCCUGUGCGUAUGCUCCCUCUGGAUGUGCAAUUGCCUGUGGAGGUUUGGACAAUAAGUGUUCGGUGUAUCCCCUCACCUUUGAUAAAAAUGAGAACAUGGCCGCAAAGAAGAAAUCUGUGGCAAUGCACACUAACUACUUAUCGGCCUGCAGCUUCACAAAUUCAGACAUGCAGAUCCUGACUUCCAGCGGGGAUGGAACCUGUGCUCUGUGGGAUGUGGAGAGCGGCCAGCUGCUCCAGAGCUUCCAUGGCCAUGCCGCUGACGUACUGUGUUUGGAUCUGGCCCCGUCAGAGACAGGGAACACCUUUGUGUCUGGGGGCUGUGAUAAGAAGGCAAUGGUUUGGGACUUGCGUUCUGGACAAUGUAUCCAGUCUUUUGAAACACAUGACUCAGACAUUAACAGUGUCAGGUACUACCCCAGUGGAGAUGCUUUUGCCUCCGCCUCUGACGAUGCAACUUGUCGUCUUUAUGACCUUCGAGCAGACAGAGAAGUAGCUAUAUAUUCCAAAGAAAGCAUUAUAUUUGGAGCCUCCAGCGUUGAUUUCUCACUCAGUGGUCGUCUGCUGUUUACUGGCUACAAUGAUUACACUAUCAAUGUCUGGGAUGUCCUGAAGGGCACAAGGGUGUCCAUUCUGUUUGGCCAUGAGAAUCGAGUCAGCACCCUGCGAGUUUCACCGGAUGGCACAGCGUUCUGCUCCGGCUCAUGGGAUCACACUCUGAGGAUUUGGGCCUAAAAAGUCUUUGUCUCCUAUCAAGCCUGAGAAGAUCCCCUUGAAUUUCAGUUCAGUUUUUCAGUCCAAUCACAUGCUUAUUGUACAGGCAUUUAUUAUCUCACCUGCAACUGAUGUGUUUUCUUGCUUACGAGCACAACAUACCAGAUGGGUCAAACUAUACCCUGCCAUCAACUAUACCAUUCACAUGACUGUUAAUAUAGCCUCAGUUCAGAGACUGUUCAGAAAAGUGUGAUUGUUACCAACUUCACCCUUUCCUUGACUGUACCCAUAAUGAUGCCACUGAAUAAUCAAUACACAAAAAACAUAAAGUACAUUAAAACAGGAAUUGUAAACGUGAUUGCUUUUCUGCGGGAGAAUCCGCCCCUAACCAACACGUCAUCAGCAAGCGCAUAAAGGCUCUGUGUGUUAUUCUCCCGUGUCACUUCUUUUGUUUUGGCUGCUCAGUCAAGCACUGGGAAGCUGAAACGGGAGGGAGGGCAACCCUCAGCCACGGAUUCCCAGAGGUUUCCCCCUAAAAAAUAAAAAAUAUGUGAGUAGGGGGGUUUCCUUACCUGAGUGCUGAGCGGUUCGUAUUUAGUUCUGUGGGGUACGUCAGGAGUCAGGGCUCUUUCCGCCAGCGCAGUGAUGCUCUGGGGGACGGACCGUGUCUCGGCUGCUCAUUUUCACAAGUUUUUUUCAAUAUUUGGGGGGUAGGUGGCAGUGUGCCACUGUGGAGUGCAUUAAUCAUUUAUUAUUAUUUUCCGUUUAUGGUUUGACGGCCUUGUCUUUUUUUUGGGGGGGGGGGGGGGGGGGGCCACUUCCUAUCUGCAGAACUGAGAUGCAUGUAACCAUUCAUGUUUUACUAGCCAGCCUCGCGCAGGUAGCUGUCGGGCACCAACGGACGAGGCCUCCGGCCAAAUUUAUCUUCCACUCGGGCCCUGAGCGCCCUCCACAGUUCAUUAAAUCAUCUGCAACUGCAAUCAUUCAUGCGGAUUCUCCGUGCUGAAAUUCUUUUUUACAGCAGAAUUUUGUUACUCAAAAAUAUUCCUUUGCUUUAUAGGAAAAUAAAUCUUGUUUAAGUGUUUAAAUAAAGGCAUAGAGGAAGUGAAAAAAAAAUAAAAAACAUUGUGUGUGCUAGAUCAUGUUUAAGAUCUGAUUAAAAUAGAGGGAUGGGUUAUUCUGUUAUCACACUACUGAUAUAAACUAUCAAUGUUUGUAACUGAUUGUCCUAAUAUAACAUGACUGUUGCUUUGUGCCCUCAAGCUUUUUUUAUAUUCAAAGCAGUAAUUUGUUACUAAUCUUAUAAAUGGAGCUGUAAUCAGGCUUCUAUUACUGAUGAGGCAAGAAACAGUACCUGAAAGCCUGUUUUACAAUUCGUGGUGUUUUAUAGAAAACAAUAUUACAAAACUGAAUGUA